AGAAAGAAAGAAACGAUAAGAAAACAUAGGAAAAUCUCGUCUUUGCCUUCGCUGCGGGAUCGAUCGCUGAUCUGGGGGGGGGGGGCAAGGUUUCUAGAUCUGUAGAGGGGACGGGCCAGCAAUCUUCGGGUUGAUCCGAGCAAUCGUAGUAAAAGAUGAAUAUUUUCAGAUUAGCGGGUGAUCUCACCCAUCUGGCCAGUGUCCUUGUGCUGCUUCUCAAGAUCCACACCAUAAAAUCCUGCGCCGGCAUUUCGUUGAAGACACAAGAGCUCUAUGCUUUAGUUUUUGCAACUCGUUACUUGGACUUAUUUACAGAUUUUAUAUCUCUUUAUAAUACCGUAAUGAAGCUAAUAUUCUUGGGAAGCUCUUUCUCAAUUGUCUGGUACAUAAGGCAUCACAAGGUUGUCCGGAGAUCUUAUGAUAAAGACCAAGACACUUUUCGCCACUAUUUUCUUGUGCUGCCUUGUUUGCUCUUGGCCCUAGUUAUAAAUGAGAAAUUAUCUUUCAAAGAGGUGAUGUGGGCAUUUUCCUUAUAUUUGGAAGCUGUUGCCAUACUUCCUCAGUUGGUCCUGUUGCAACGGACAAGAAAUAUCGACAAUUUGACUGGGCAAUAUGUUCUUCUCCUUGGGGCAUACCGAGCAUUGUACAUUUUGAAUUGGAUCUAUCGGUACUUCACUGAGCCUCACUUUGUUCACUGGAUAACUUGGAUAUCAGGGCUUAUUCAAACUUUGCUUUAUGCUGAUUUCUUCUACUAUUACUUCCAAAGCUGGAAGAACAACGUGAAGCUCGAGCUACCAGCCUGAGCACUCUAUUCGGCACUCCCUAGGCAGGUUAAAGACAACAAGAAGCUCCGAUGAUGUAUCAACAACAUAUUUUAUCUAUUUAGAGGUGCUUGUCAUUUAGGUUCUGUUUGUAGUCAGAAUGUUGAAGCACAAGCCCUUACACUUAACAUUGAUUUUUUAUUUUCCUUAAGCUGAUCUGGAGAAUCAAAUCCCAAAUACAAGGUCUUUUGUAGCAUUCAUAUUGGCCAAGCCUGAAUUUAUAUUUCAAUUCUGCACAUUCUGGGAUCUGAUUA